UGAAAAUGGCGUUUCUAACACGUAACACGUUGCUUUGCGUGAGGAUUCUGUUCGGUUCCAGCGGUCAGUUCUUCAGUUCGACACAAAUAAUAGUUCCAAGUCUCCCUUAUGGCUGCGCGUCAGGGUUUACCGAGAUGGGAGAGAAAAGCGAGAGUGUUUUUGUGUUUGUUCGGUCUGUGUCUGUCUGUUUAUGCCCUCCAUGUGGAAAUCUCCAGAGAGAGAGACCCAGACUACAGAGCUAUGUGUGACCUGGGGGAAUCCGUGAGCUGCUCCAAGGUUUUCACCUCCAGAUGGGGACGUGGUUUUGGUCUGGUCCAGUUCUUCGUGGACAAAGACAGCCCCCUGAACCAACCCAACAGUUUGCUUGGCAUCAUAUUUUACACUCUACAGAUGGGCCUCGGACUGUCUCCGUCCAGAAAAGCAGCCCUGGCCUUGGUCCUGUCCUCCUGGGUGUCCAUGGCUGGUUCUCUUUAUCUCGCAUCUAUUCUGGCCUUUGUUCUGGGAGAUUUCUGCAUGGUGUGUGUGUCCACAUACAUCGUCAAUUUUGCUCUGCUCUAUACCAACCUGAAACGAAGGAGAGCAAUUGAAGAGAUGAAAGAAAAGACAGGAUAAAUACUUGUGAGAUUUUUUUGUAAAAUCAAGCUGCUUGUUUUAUUUUAUUUUAUUUUUUUUACUCAUAGUUAGAAAAUUAAGUUGUUUAAAAUUCAUCUCAGAAGAUCAGUUGGAUGAUUUUAUUAAAUCUUGUGUUAAUCAGUCUUUGUGAAGCUCAUUACACAUUUUAAGACUGUUGUGACAUUGUUUAAUUUUAGCUAAUUAUCUCAAAUCACAGAAAUGGAGACAAAAUCAGAUUCCGCACCAUGCAGAUACUCAGAUGGGCCAGCAGAUAGAGCCAAAUACUCAGUUUUAAUCUAGUUCUGGAAAGAUGAAUUGUUUGUUUUCUGUACUAAAUAAUGAGAAAAUGAACAAAUAUACUUUUCAAAAGUUAGCAACAGACAGUAAAUGUUUAGAUAGCCCACUUAAAACAAAGUUAACCUGCUUUUACCUUAAAUUGUUGGAGUUGGAAUUUUUUUUUCCAGAAAAAAUGUUACAUGUUUUUUAGUGAUCUGCUGGUUACAAAGUGCCCAAAGUUGCUUUUUAUUUAUUGUUUACAGGUUUGUCUGUCAACAAAACACACCUUUUAGGAGUUUUAUGUCCAAAAUGAAUACAACAUUGGGAAAAGAUCACAAGAAUGUAUAACUAAGCAAAAAAGACAAACUAAAAUCUAAACAAUUCUAUUAAAAAUAAUUAGGGGCUUCUUCACAGCAACAGCCUCUGAUUGUUAUUGUUUUUAUAACUUUAUUCUGUGUAAACGUAAAUAAGGAAAACAUGAAUAACAAACUAAUUAGCAAAAACAAUUGCUCUUUGAAGAAGACACUAAUAAUCACAAUUUCAUGUAAAAACUAUUCAACCAGUAAUUCCAACAGAGACAUUUAGAAGAUUCGGACAAUCAAAGACAGAAAAAGAGAAACCCAUUUCUUUCAGAAGUGCUUCAGGAGUGGAAGGUUAUCCGCCACGUCCUAAACCAAAGCUCUAAACGUCUGCAGGAACGAUCCACUAUCGACUUGUCAGGACAUCUGGAAGCACGGUAAGCCUGAUUUAGACAGUAGAGGUCUGCUCUGAGCCAGCUGUGGAUGUAAAACAGGUACAGUCUGACCAAAGGCUUGUAUUAUUCUUUAAAACCAAAGCGUUUUUAGACACUCACUGGAAGGAGUUGGAGUUCCUGGUGUUAUUGGAGAAGCUGAUGGAGUAGGACAGAUGAAUGUGUCGUCAGGAUCUUCUCCACUGGAGGUGAAUUGGACAAAACCAGGUUUAUCAGACUUGAUUUUAGAGCUGAUCCAGGACUGGUAGUGAGACACUGGUGUAGACUCCUGGCAGGCUGGGACGAGCACAACCACGACCAAAACAGUGAUGGGGUCAUUUUGCAUUGUCGCUAUAUGUGUGGGUUUUUUUUUUUCAAUAUGUGUAUUUACCCUUUUUUCCAGCCUUUUGUGUAGCUGCUUAUUGUCAUGGGGUGUUGAUGAGGUAGAAAACAUGGAUUCUAUCGUUUGAUUCAAUUCAAUUUUAUUUAUAUAGCGCCAAAUCACGACAAGAGUCAUCUCAAGGCACUUCACAUAAUAAACAUUCCAAUCCAGGUCAGUUCAGUUGAACCUCUUCUUAAGUACGUGUGCAGUUUGUAAGUUGGUGAACAUUAAGCAUGUUUUUUGAACUAUUUUAUAGUUGGCAGUGCUCAUGCACCUGGUACCGGUCUGUUGGGUUCAAGGUUUGUAAUCUCGUAGAAUGGUAAUUUGGCGACUUAAGCUCAAUGCCACAAAUGUUGGUUUUAUUCUCAACAGAUAUCAACACCAUAGACCACAAUACUUUAUCUCAGCUUGAGCAGUAGGUGGGGAUCCCUGGAUGUGCUCUGGAGUGGGUUAGGUCCAAUCUCUCAGGGAGAAGCUUCUGCAUAAAGCUAGGCGACUUGCCCUGUGAGGGGAACCUCAGGGGUCUGUUCUUGGUGUGUUGCUGUUUCCCUCUAUCUCUUAUGUUCUGUGUCCCUUUGUUCCCCAGCCCCUUCCUGUUCCCACUUCAGGCUCUCCUCUUGUGUCCUAGUCACUCCCUGAUUUUCCUAGUUGUCUUUAGAUUAGUCCUCCUCACCCAUCUGGUUAUUAGUGGUUUAUUUUUGCCCUCUGUCUUUUAGGUUUAGGCCCUGUCCACACGUAGCCGGGGAUCUACCAAAACGUAGAUAUUUUUCUGUUUUGGCCUGUCAUCCACACGAAAACAGAGUUUUUUCACAUGAAAACAGAUCUUUUUAAAAACUCCGGCCAAAGUGAAGAUCUGCGUUUUCUCCGUUUUGGGUGUCUGCGUGUGGACAGACAAAACCGGAGUUUUAAGGUCCGCAACGUCACUCUCCGUGACAAAAAAUGCUGACAUCACGUGUGCGACCUGUAUUUACACUAGCCGGCAGCAUGGAUGCCCUCAGAGCUGCGCUCGCUUUAUCAAUUGUCCAAGUGCUUUUUGCUUGUUUGUUCUUGCAAGCGGAAUUACUGCUCCUUGCGGAAGACCACAGACGAAGGACGAGGUUAAGAACGGGGGAAAUACUGCCGCCUACAGGUCUGGCAUGUCCUUAACAACGUAUUUAUCCGGGUACGUGUGGACAGAGUUUUUUUCUAAAACGAGAUGGUGUGGAUGCAAGUUUUUGUAGGGGCGGAUAUUCAUUUUUUUUUUAAACCCGGCUACGUGUGGACUAGGCCUCAGUCGUCUCCUUUUAAAAGCAGCUGAAAACUAACCUGUUCAAGCUGGAUUUUGCGUGACCUUAGUCACUACCCUCUCCUUAUUCUGUUCUUAUUCCACCUUUCCCGGGAUCCAUUGAUUUUCCUCUUUCCUAUUAAUUGUCGCUCUCCCUUUCCUUACAUUUUCUUUGUUCUUUUCUCCUUGUAAACAUAUUUAAAUCAUUUUUUAAAUCUUUUUAUACUUUAAUUUCUUUUCUGUUUUUGCUUCUGAGAAGCACUCGUGAUUUUUAUCUACAGAGGUGCUAUAUAAAAGAUUGUCUUCUAAAUUGUGGAAUGCACUGCCAGUUCAGAUUAAGAGACAUCCUAAUCUGUGAAGCACUUUGUGACUUGUGUCUGUGAAAAGUGCUAUAUAAAUAAAUGCCUUCUUCUUCUUCUUCUUCUUCUUCUUCUUCAGGAACAUUGCUAAGUUGAGUCCCAUUCUGUCUCGCUCUGAACUUGAGACAGUUAUCCACACCUUCAUCUCCUCACGCUUAGACUACCGUAACUCUCUUUUCACGUGUCUGAGCAGAACCUCCCUGAACCGUCUACAGGUGGUUCUGAACGCCUGUGCACGGCUUCUGACCAAGUCCUCCAAACACACCCACAUCACCCCGCUUCUCCUCCAGCUUCACUGGCUGCCAGUCAACUUCAGGGUUCAUUUCAAGAUCCUGGUUCUGGUCUAUAGGGCCUUACAUGGACAAGCACCAUCUUACAUUGGUGAUCUUCUUAGUCCCUACACCCCCAGCAGGUCCCUGAGGUCCAGCGAUCAAAGCCUACUAGUUGUGCAACACACCAGGCUAAAGAUCAAAGGUGACAGAUCAUUUGCUGCUGUGGCCCCCAGACUCUGGAACUCUCUACCCCUGAUCCUGAGAUCAGUGGACUCAGUGGACUCCUUUAAAAAGCAGCUGAAGACUUACUUGUUCUAGCUGGCUUUUGGAUGACCUUCUUCACCACUCUCUCUUUAUUCUGCUCUCCCCACCUAUUCCACCUUCCUCAGGAUCCACUGAUUUCCCUCUUUCCUAUUCACUCUCUCUCUUUCUUAACAUUUUCUUUUAAAUCCCAAUCAUCUAUUUUUGCUCAUUUUCAAUAUAUUUUUAAACAUUUUCUAAAUGCAUUUUUAUAUUUUUACAUUUUUUGUUUUUGUGAAGCGCCUCGUGAUUUUUUGCUUGAGAGGCGCUAUAGAAAUGAUAUUAUUUUCUUCUUCUUCUUCUUCUUCUUCUUCUUCUCCUUCUUCUUCUUCUUCUUCUUCUUCUUCUUCUUAACUGUUUUUAAAACUGCCUUUAAAACCCAUCUAUACCCAUUCGACCAGGUUUAGUGUUAUUUGUCUUUUGAUUGUCCCCUGCCAUUUGACUUUAUUCCGAAUGUUGUUUUUUGAUUUGUUUGAGGUUUUUUAAUUUUGUUCAGCACUUUGGUCCAUGCCUCCUGUUUUUAAAAGACUCUAAAUAAACUUGGCUCGGGUACUGACCUGUUUGAAGCCACACUGA